CUACUCUCUCUCGCUGUUCCCGCAAAGCUGUCGGCUGCACCCCCCCGCACCCGGGAAACCCAGACCACAGCUUCGUUUCAAACCGCCGGACUACCCCCCCACAUACUCACUCACGAUCUUCCAACCUUUCCCCAACCUUCGCAGAAGUCCCAAAUCCCCCUCUCCUCAAAUGACCGCCACCAUGACGUCUUCGGCACCCGCGCCCUUGGAGAAGACUAAGGUCGAUGCGUUCGAAGUGGGCUGGCUCUUUGUCCAGGAGUACUACACUAUUCUGAACAGAGACCCCCAACGUCUUCACUGUUUCUACAACAAGAAAUCGUCUUUCUUGCACGGUCACGAGGGUGAGGCCACUGUAAAAACUUUCCAUGGUCAGCAGGAAAUCCACCGCAAAAUCCUGGAUAUGGAUUUCCAGGACGCGAAAGUGUUGGUUUCCAACGUCGACAGCCAGGCUUCCUUGAACGGAGGCAUUGUCGUUCAGGUUCUCGGUGAAAUGUCCAACAACAGCGGCACUUCCCAUAAAUUCGCCCAGACUUUCUUCCUCGCCGAGCAAGUCAACGGAUACUACGUCUUGAACGACAUCUUCCGCUUCUUGAAGGAGGAUAUCGACAACGAUUAUGAGGACGCCGAGGACCCCACUGGCGGCCUCGAGCUCCACGACGCGUACAUCCCUGAGGAGACCCACGUUGCUCCUCAAUACCACGAGCCCGCUCACGUCGAGCCCGAAGUUGUAAAGUCCCCUAGCCCCAAGAAGGUUGCGGAAAAGCCUCGCACUCCCUCUCCUUACAAGGAGCACCGCACUCGCACCCCCGAUGUGCGCCCUGAAUCCGUGAACAAGAACACGGCCCCUGAGGUUACCCACACCGACGCUUUCGGUCUCGGUAACUGGUCCGAGCCCGCCGCCACCGCCGAAGAGCCUGCCCCCCAGGAGGCAGCCAAGCCUGCUCCUUGGGGCACUAUCGCCAAGCCCAAGGCACCUGCAGCGUCCGAGGAGGAGACAAAGAACGUGGCACAGCCCGCAUCCGAGAAGCCCACCGAGGCUCAGAAGCCCGCUGCUCAGCCACAACAACAACAACAACAUCAACAACAACAGCAGCAGCCCGAACAAAAGCCGGAGACCACCCAAAACAAGACCUGGGCUAGCCUCGCCGCCAAAAACGCCAACGUGUGGAGCGCGGAUGCCAAACCCGCCGCAGCACCUCAGCCCGCUGCCCCAAAACCCGCUGUCGCUGUCCCUGUUUCCCAGCGCACCGCCUCCCCAAAGCCGGUCGCACUCAAGGCCCAGGCUGAUGACGCCCAUGCCCAGGCUGCCGCACACGACGGCUCCAACGACGCCGAUCAGAAGGACGGAGGUUUCCGUGAAGUCCACGGUCGUCAGCAAAAGAGGGGUCCUCCGCCUGGACAGCAAUACCCCCAACACCCGUCCCAGACAGACUCCGAUGAUGACAAGGAAAAGUACUCCAUUUACAUCCGUGGAAUCACCGAAGCCAUAGACCGCAAGUCUUUGACCGACACGUUCUCGAAGAUUGGAACCGUUCGUCACGUUGACGUUGUGCUCACAAAGAACAUCGCCUUUGUCGAAUUCACUACCGUGGAAGCCGCCCGCAAAGCCAUCGGCAACAGCUACACGGUCAACAACGUCGUCCUCCACGCCGAAGAGCGCCGCAAGCCCCGCCCCUUCAUCAACUCCAACAACCGCGGUCCAUACCCCCCACGCAACUUCCUCGACGGCGGUAACCGCGGCGGCCGCGGCGACUUCCAGCGCGGCGGCAUGCAGGGAAACCGUGGCGGACGCGGCGGAUACAACAACAACAGCACCAUGGGCCCGCCUAAACCUGCCCCUGGAUCGGGAGCCCCGAACGGGAACAAGCCUGCUAACGGCAGCAAGUAAGAAACACACACGCACGGCAAAAAAUGAAUAAUACCCACCUGAUACCAACAAACGAAAAAAAAAAACCGCAACAACUAACGUCCCCUGCUGUUCCAAUUCCGUUCGCGCUUGUGCCCUCCCUGAUUCCAAUUUCCCCCGAACUCUGUGUCUCUUCAUUUAGUUCCGAGGAUGAUACAUAGUCUCCCACCCCCCAAGAGUUGCCUCCAUGCCCUUAUUCACCCGCUAUUGAUCCCCUUCUCCUUCAUCCACUACCCCAUCCGCUACUUGUAUAAUAUUCCGUUGGGCACCUCUGGGUGCUCCCUAACACCAGCGUCUUCAUUUCAUUCGUUGUCCCGUUCGUUCGUUCUGUAUCCCAUUUUUUCCCCCUUCUCGGCCAAGCAAAGGAACAGAUGAUGGUCCUAUCAUCGUCGAAUUGGUGCAUAUCCACACCAACC